AGCUUUAAAUACUAUAGUAAUAAUUCAAUAGGGACCCAACUGAUUACAGAUGACUGUCCAGCUGUGUGAUGUGAAUUGUGCUGAUUGAACGUGCUAUAUAAACAGGAGGAGAAGCAGGGAAUGUGAUGUUGGGAUGGUAGAUAACUGGAGUCAAAAUGUCCUUGUUGUCGAUGCUUCAAGCUCAUAAUGUGGCAAGAAGAAGAAGAAGAAGACUGCAAGCUGCCAGAAGGAGGGACCUUCUGACCAUCCUACUGCAAAAUGAAUAUGAUCAUGGGCUGAUACGAGGAUCAUAUCAGCACCUGAACCAUAACAGUGCCAUUGUCUGCCUCUACCUUGGCAAUGCAGAGCUGAAGAGGAAUUUCCGUCUGUUAAGGCAGACGGUCAAUAACUUGGUGAGCUGUCUGGGGUACACCAAGGACCAUGGCUGGGGGAAAGACUUGGAGGUGGGGAUUUAUUUCUAUUGGCUGGCCAGUGCCACCUCAUAUCGGGUGGUGUCAGAGGCCUUUGAUAUCCCCACCUCCACAGUACAUGAUGUUGUACAUCGAGUCGCUGUACACAUCAUCAGCAUCAUCAAUAGGGGGGUCCAUCUCCCUGAUGCUGAUGAGCUAGAGGGCAUAGGGGACGGCUUUGCCCAUCUGGCUGGCUCCCGUGCCUUCCACAGAGUGGCAGGCAGCAUUGAUGGGACACACAUCAGGAUUAAGCCACCUGCAGAAAACAAGGAAGACUACCUUAACAGGAAGCUUUUCUACUCUAUUCAGCUGCAGGUGGUCUGUGAUCACAAAGGCUGCUUCCUGAAUAUAUUUACAGGGCUUCCUGGUUCUGUACAUGAUGCCAGGGUCCUGCGGUGGAGCUCCAUUUAUGUGGAGAAACUGUACCCCCCUCGUGGCUGGUGCAUCCUUGGGGAUGGGGGGUAUCCCUGCCUUGCUGCACCAAUCAGCCUAUUGACCCCACACAGGGAGCCGGUGCAAAACCCUGUUCAGGCCAGGUACAACCGGCAUCAUUCCAAGGCCAGAUGUGUGGUGGAGAGGGCAAUUGGAAUGAUGAAGACGCGGUGGCGGAGCAUCUUCCUCAAGGCCCUGGAGGUGAAGGCCACCUUUGUGCCAGCGGUGGUGUCCACCUGUGCCUUCCUCCAGAACCUCUCCCUCUCCAAUGGGGAUCUGGUGGAACCAGAGAUGGAGGAGCCGGCCAUCCAGGCUGAGGUUGAUGACCAGCCCAACCCUGAGGGUCAAGUGCCAGGGGACAAUUUGAGGCAGAGGCUGGCUGCAGAGGUUUCUGCUCCUGUUGGUGCCAUUCCUGCACUGCAGGACCACAACUAUUGAUUUAAUGUGUUUCUUUUGACGUUUCAUAUAUUCUUUGAAUUCCUGUGUUAAAUUGCAUUCUAUUAAAAUCAAUUUGCUCCAAUUUUAA